UGUUUUAAUAUGGUCGACAUGUAAAUUAUCAAGGUGCAUCCGCAUCGUCAAUUAAUCAAAUCAACGAACGAUGUGGAUUAAACUUGUUUGCGUCAGUUUGCAAAUAUAAUCAAGUACACAGGCUCGAUCAAACGCUUAUAUAACGAAAUUAGUUCAUUUGUGUUGAUUUAUUUUGCGAGACUUUAAACUGACAUACAAUCGGAGCUAUGAUAUUCGGAACAACGCUCAGCACCACGCUAGCAUUGAUGCUAUCUGUGGUGUACGCUGCACCAGAGCUCAUAAGACCACCACCACUAGAUCAAGACUGUUCCUUGGUUAAAUGUGCUCUUCCAGUUUGUGCGAAAGGCGAAGAACCAUAUACUCCUACUGGCGCGUGUUGUCAACAAUGUCGAGACUGUUCACUGACACUAUGUGCUCUUCCCAAGUGUUUAGACGGACAGGAACUCUAUACACCGACCGGAACAUGUUGCCGGAUCUGUAGAUUUAUACAGAAAGACUGUGUUCAUACAGACGGAAAGAAAUACGCUAACGGCGAGACAUUCAAAGACAGGUGUAACACAUGUACUUGCAUCGAUGGACAUACCGCCUGUACUGAAAUAGGCUGCAUUGAGAAUGACUGUGUUCAUACAGACGGAAAGAAAUACGCUAACGGGGAGAAAUUCAAAGACAGGUGUAACACAUGUACUUGCAUCGAUGGAUAUAUCGGCUGUACUGAAAGAGGCUGCAUUGAGAAUGACUGUGUUCAUACAGACGGAAAGAAAUACGCUAACGGAGAGACAUUCAAAGACAAAUGUAACACAUGUACUUGCAACGAUGGACAUACCGCCUGUACUGAAAUAGGCUGCAUUGAAAAGGAAGGCAGUUGUCCUAAGCCAUGGAGUAACGGGAAAUUCGCUAUUUGUAUCCACAUGUGUGAUGGUGAUUGGGAUUGUCCAGAUAAACAGAAGUGCUGCAGCAACGGUUGUGGAAAGGUCUGCAGGAUCCCCAAGCAAAAAACAACACAUGGGUGUCGACGGGGUGGCAUUAUAUAUCGAAAUGGAGAAAAUGUGCCUUCAACUUCGAAACCACGUAAUCCUUGCGAGCGUUGUACAUGUCUGGAUGGGAAGAUAGUCUGCGAUCUUUUGUUUUGCCCCGCAUGUGCUGGUUUCAAGCCCCCCGGUGCUUGUUGCCCAAUUUGCGGUACCUUCCCAUUGGAGUCUGUCGCAGACGCACAGUCUCAAACGUAAACACAGAAUGACAUG